AACCUAAAAAAGAAAAGAAAAAAGAAAGAAAAACAUUAACCAAAAAACAGCCCGCGUUUCUUUCAUCGUCUUCCUUCCACACCGACUCAGCGUCUGCAAGUCGGCCGAUCUCCAAUCUCCGAUCUGCUUCUUCGAUUGCGCCUCCAGUCUACGUCAAGAAUCAUGUUACAGAUAAAAACUCCCAAAACUGGAAGAGCCAGGCGAGAGGUUCAGAAACGUGCCCCCAAACUCGUUGAAAGUGGGAAGAAAACCUUAAUCCUGCAUGGUACGAAAACGAGCGAUGUAUUGAAUACCGUAUUAUCUGAUAUUUAUCAUCUUAAGAAGGGUGAAUCCAUUAAAUAUUCCCGGAAGAAUGAUAGCAUCAGACCAUUUGAGAGUGGCGGCGAAACUUCUUUGGAGUUCUUUUCUCUCAAAACUGAUUGCAGUCUUUUUGUGUUUGGUUCUCAUUCGAAGAAGCGACCCAACAAUCUUGUUAUUGGGCGAACUUAUGAUCACCACAUAUAUGAUCUUGUAGAGCUUGGGGUUGAGAACUUCAAAAGCAUGGAGUCGUUCUCAUAUGGUAGGAAAUUAGCUCCUCGACUUGGCUCAAAACCUUUAUUUGCUUUUAUUGGAGAAGGAUUCGAGAGUGUCGAAGAGCUGAAGCAUUUGAAGGAAGUUUUGCUUGAUCUGUUCCGGGGAGAGGCUGUGUCAAACUUGAACAUUGCCGGGUUAGACCGUGUUUAUGUGUGUACAGCCUUGUCUUCAAAUAAGGUGCUCUUUACGCACUGUGCACUGCGACUUAAGAAAUCCGGCACCAUAAUCCCAAGGAUGGAGCUUGUUGAAGUUGGUCCCUCCAUGGAUUUGCUAGUUCGCCGGCAUCGUCUUCCUGAUGAAAGCCUACGGAAAGAAAGUAUGAAGAAAGCUCAUGAACUGACCAAGAAGAAGGAGAAAAAUGUGAGCCGGGAUUCAAUACAAGGAAAGAUAGGGAAGAUAUAUAUGCCAGACCAACAGGUUGGAGAGAAGGUAUUACCUAACAAAGCAAAGGGAGUGAAGAGGGAACGUCGGGAAGCUAAGAUGAAAGGAGAGGCAAAGAAGCAGAAGCAAGAUUCUUGAGUCUUCAGAAGUUUGUAACAGCCAGCCGUUGGCUGUGAGAAUUUUGUGCUUUCCAACUCCUAUUGAUUUUGUUGUUGGGGCAAUGGGCCCCGGAGUUUAAUGUGUCGGCAGAUGCACUGGUAUUAUCAUCGGGCUUCACUUUUCUGUGUUCUUCUUCUUCUUUCGUUAGCUUUCGAUUCAAAUGAAUGUAUGUGCUUGUGCAAUGUUGUUUUUAGAGAAGCAAAAGGUAGAGGUAUCAAUAUUGUAGUGGAUUUGCUAGAGUUUUCUGGUAAUUUUGCUUCGUAAAGCGAUCUUGUGAAAAACAAUACCACCAAAGCACGGUGCAAUCUAUUAGCCCUUGAUAUUU